UCUCUGACCAUUGGGUGUCACCCGAGUGCUUCUUACGGCACUUUGACGUCACUAACGCGCCGGAAGUGAACCAUUCCCCUAGAAAACGUCGGGAGAGCUGACCAUGCAGAGCGGAUCUGAUAAGAAGAGAGUGCACUCAGAUGAAGAGGAUGUGGACCAGUCAGAUGAUGAAGACUAUGUUCCCUAUGUGCCUGUUAAACAGAGGAAGCAGCAGAUGCUUCAAAAGCUUGUGCAGAUGCGUAAAAAGGGGGUGAUAGAUGAAGAACCAAAGGACAGUGGCAGUGACCAUCGAGGAGAUGAAGAUGACGUUCCCUUGGGACCCCGGUCCAAUAUCAGCCUUCUGGAUCAGCACCAGCACCUGAAAGAAAAGGCAGAAGCUAGAAAAGAAUCUGCCAAAGAGAAGCAACUGAAAGAAGAAGAGAAAAUUCUGGAGAGUGUGACAGAAGGAAGAGCUUUAAUGUCAGUCAAGGAAAUGGCUAAAGGUAUCACAUAUGAUGACCCUAUAAAAACCAGCUGGAAACCGCCUCGUUAUAUUCUCUCAAUGUCACAAGCACGCAAUGACCGUGUCCGCCGCAAAUAUCAUAUUCUGGUGGAGGGUGAAGGUAUUCCUGCACCAAUCAAAACUUUUAAAGAAAUGAAACUCCCUGCAGCUAUUUUAAGAGGUCUAAAGAAGAAAGGAAUCCUACAUCCAACUCCUAUACAGAUUCAGGGGAUCCCAACCAUUUUAUCUGGAAGGGAUAUGAUUGGAAUAGCUUUCACUGGCUCUGGUAAGACACUGGUUUUCACAUUGCCAGUCAUCAUGUUCUGUCUGGAGCAGGAGAAGAGGUUACCUUUCACGAAGCGAGAAGGACCUUAUGGACUCAUCAUUUGCCCCUCGAGGGAGCUAGCACGUCAGACACACAGUAUCAUCGAAUAUUACUGCCGACUGCUUCAGGAAGAUAAUUUCCCACCUUUGCGCACUGCCCUUUGCAUUGGAGGAAUGUCCGUCAAAGAGCAGAUGGAAACCAUCAAACAGGGUGUACACAUGAUGGUUGCAACUCCUGGCCGACUUAUGGACCUGCUGCAAAAGAAGAUGGUGAGUUUGGACAUCUGCAGGUACCUGGCUCUGGAUGAGGCUGAUCGUAUGAUUGACAUGGGCUUUGAAGAAGACAUUAGAACCAUAUUCUCUUACUUCAAGGGUCAAAGACAGACUCUGCUUUUCAGUGCAACCAUGCCGAAGAAGAUUCAGAACUUUGCCAAAAGUGCCCUAGUAAAACCGAUUACAAUUAAUGUUGGCCGAGCAGGCGCUGCCAGCCUGGAUGUCAUACAGGAAGUAGAGUAUGUGAAGGAGGAAGCAAAGAUGGUUUACUUACUUGAAUGCCUGCAGAAGACACCACCUCCUGUUCUCAUAUUUGCUGAAAAAAAGGCAGAUGUAGAUGCUAUACACGAAUACCUGCUUCUCAAAGGAGUUGAGGCCGUGGCAAUACACGGAGGGAAAGACCAAGAAGAAAGAACCAAAGCAAUCGAGGCUUUCCGUGAAGAGAAGAAGGAUGUUCUAGUAGCUACCGAUGUUGCAUCCAAAGGUUUGGACUUUCCAGCCAUUCAGCAUGUGAUAAACUAUGACAUGCCUGAGGAAAUUGAGAACUAUGUUCACAGAAUAGGACGUACCGGUCGUUCUGGGAACACUGGAAUAGCAACCACGUUUAUCAACAAGGCGUGUGAUGAAUCUGUGCUGAUGGAUCUCAAGGCUCUUCUCAUGGAAGCGAAGCAGCGCGUACCACCUGUGCUACAGGUACUCAACGGCAGCGAUGACAACAUGUUGGACAUUGGAGAUGAAAGGGGUUGUGCUUUUUGUGGUGGCUUGGGUCAUCGUAUCACCGACUGCCCCAAGUUGGAGGCCAUGCAGACAAAGCAGGUCAGCACCAUUGGAAGAAAGGACUACCUGGCCACCAGCUCCAUGGACUUCUAAGGAGGAGCAUCCAUCAGGAUUAUUUAUUAGUGGUGUCUGCAGGCUGAAUUGCUAUGAACGUCUAGAUCAUCACAGUGCUUGUUAUUCAUAUUGUACUACGCUCUGUGUAAUAUUCGUAGCUACAGAGACUUCAUUUUGUUGAAACAAAACACGUAGUUCAUAGUAAGGCUGGCGGUGCACUUUUCCAAUAGUUCAUUAAAACGGACAAAAGACUUGAGUUUCUGUGAAACGUAUUUAAUACCAAGGGAUUUAAAGGAAUUGAUUCACAAAACUGCUCCAGUUUAUUUUCACUUUAAUUUGUUCUUAUAAAGCUUUUUGUCUGCUGAAAAAAUAUAUUCCAUAUCCCUUUCUCAUUGUUCUAUGCUCUAUUUAUGCAGCAAGAUAUUUUAAAAGUUUGAAAUUGAAUCACAGAGAACAUCAAACAUGAUUGUAUUUUCCACAAGCAUACUAUUUUUAUUUUAUUUUCCAUCUUGUAUUAAAGCAAUAAAUAAUUGAAAUACGUUGAA